AAAUUUGUUGUACGAAAUAAAUUAAUUAAUUAAAAAAUGGAUUUAAUCGAGCCACCGAAUCAAGAAGAUUGUUGCAACUCGGGUUGUAACCCUUGCAUAUUCGACGUGUACGAAGAAAAACUUCGAAAAAUCAAAUUGGGGCAACAUAACCUAAAAAUGUUAAAAAAUUGCAUUUCGGACACUUCUUAUUCAACUUUUAGGGUAAUUACUAAAUUAAAACACACCGAAAAUUCAUUUUUGAUUAUUUUUGAGUAUUCGGGACAAUCACAAAGUGAUGAUUUGAAUUUAUAUUUUGAGCCGGGCCAACAUUUUUUGAUGAAAUCAAGUUUAAAGUCGACAUCGGAAUCUUUUACGCGAGCUUACACCCCUUUAUUAAGCGACAAUUUGGGUCGAUUACAAUUUAGGAUACUUGUUAAGUUAUACGACGGUGGGAUGAUGUCGAAAAUAAUUAAUAAAUUAAACAUUGGGAGUGAAACUCUUUGGAGGGGCCCUUACGGAGAUUUUAAAAUUAGUUACGAUUUUAGGGAUGUUUUAAUGAUAGCGCAAGGCACGGGGAUUGCGCCUAUUUACUCGGUGAUCAUUAAAAUGGUUAAUGAUGAGAAUUUUGAGGGUUUUAUUAAGUUGUUUUAUUGUUGCAAUGAGAUUUUUUUGCAUGAUGAGAUAUACGAGUUAAAAAAGUAUUGGAAUUUUGAUUAUGAGGUGUUUUUGGGGGGUUCUAAAAAAGGUUUUUGUAAAUAUAACGAGAUUGUGCAUGAAAAUCGAUUGGGGGAGACUCAAAUUGGGGAGUUUUUAAAGAAUAAAAGUGAAAAUGUUCAAGUUUUGAUUUGUGGGGGUGAAAAUUUUAGUGGUUGUAUCAAAAAUUAUUUGAAAAGUGUUCAAGAUAAAAACAUUUUUGUGUUUUAA